AUGUCGACGACAAUCAGAAAGCGCAAGCGUACAAAGAAGGCCUGCAUACCUUGCCACCAGCGUAAACGAAAAUGUGACUCGGAGUAUCCCUGUGGCACAUGCACCACCUACGAAUAUACCUGCAGGUACGGCGACCACGACGCCAUCAGCACUGCACCGGUGCCUGGUGAAAGCGGGCAUGCUCCAACUUCAGCCAAACGCGUCGUCCCCAACAGCAAGAGAAAUAUGACAAAUGAGUUCAUUGCCCAAUCGUGUUGCCCGGACAGCCAACCUCGUGCAACGAAGACUCCCCAUGGGGCCGACAGUCCGUUGACAAAGAGUCCUACCGUGGGCACUGGCAUCUUCGAUGAACAAAAGUCCAGAUACACCGGAGCAUCGGCAGCCAUGGCCUUCCCGCACAUCCUGGGGGUGGCUCUCGGCUCUGAUAGCCCUCCCAGGAUCAAAUCGUUUGCUUACAAUUUUGGGAUCCGCCCCGAGGAGAUUUCCAACAACUAUGGCUUCCUCGGGGAUCUCAUCUCGAAGGACGACCUCGCCUUCUACUCGAAUGCAUACUUCUCUGCAAUGGGCCCUAUAGGUGACAUCAUGGACCCGAGAAUCUAUGCUCAGCGGUGCCGUGAAUAUUUUCAUGGGUCCGGUAGUACCACAGUGGCCUUCGGCGCUAUAGCUGCCGGCGUCGCUGCUUUCGGGUCGUUCCUGUCUUCAAUCAGAUACCCACGGGAGACUGAGCUGGUGCAAUACGCGAAAGCUAUUCUCGAGGAUCCAGUCUCUACGCGUAUGCUGAGCAUUGACCACAUCAUCGCGUGGGGUAUGCGGCUCUUUUAUCUACGUGCCACGACCCGCCCCAGUAAUGCCUGGAUCGCGUCGUGUACUCUCAUGCACCUUUGCGAAAUGGUCGGACUCCAUGAGGAAGGGAAUAUCAAAAGGAUGGCGUCUGUCGCCGGCGCUGGUGUCCUAGGGCAUGACGCAGAUCGGCUGAGGCGGAUUUUCUGGAUCUCAUGGGCCGGGCAUCAGAUGCUUUCAUAUGAGUAUGAUCGUUCGGCUGUAAGAUUUGGGGCCGUAACUUGUCAGGCUAUCCUCCCAACACCGGGGUCCGUUGCCGACCAAUUUGUGCAAAUAGUCCAGAUCAUCCCGUCGCCGAACUCGCCGUUCCAGCUGGAAUUUCAGCCUUCAACUCCGAGGGAGGAGCUAUUUGAGCGUCUCAAGGCAUUGAGUAAACUCCAUUUCACCCAUCCCUUUCUAGUAGCGACCAAGGCCGACCUAGCAUUUUGUUUCUAUCGACGCAUUUAUCAGCUCAAGGAAGGGAUAACGGAUGAGGUAAUCCAACUCGUGAUCGAUAGCGGUAAUAAUGCAGUGCAGGCGGCUGCGCAGCUAGCCAAAGAUGGCCGUUUAUUAUGGAACGUCAUAGGCAGCGUUUUCCAGUAUAUCUGUGUCUUGUUGGCCAUCAACACAUCAGCAUCUUCCGCUCAUAUCCCUACUGCCUUCAAGGGGUUGGAAAAUCUUGUCACGGCUGCGGACACAGGACUGACCCGUCAGGCAUUGUCAAUAGCGAGGUAUCUUCUCAGCCUUAGCAUAGCAAAGAAGCGAAAAGAGCUUUCUCAGCUGGAAUCUGUCGAGGUGGAAUACGAAACCUCCCAGGAGCAGCCGGGACCUGAGGUUAAUGACACUUUGCCGGAAAUUGGCUGGGGUAUGGACUGGGAUCAGUUUUUGAUCGAGCCAUACUUAUCGAUUAUCGGCCCCGAUAUGCAACUGUAG